GUACUAGACAUUCUAGGCCUACCACGUCGACCACCAGAGGUCUCUCACCCUUGCCACGUGCGAGGCGAGAGCCUUCUCGCCUCGACGGGCAGUCUCUUUUCCCUUGUGCUCUCGCGCGUACGUAUGCGAAUCGAGUCUCACGUUAAAUACAAUCACGCCGACCCGUGCCGGCGUCGACUUACUUAACAUGGCGCAGAUGGACUAAUCUACGAUCCCUCAGUGUGUUCAGUGUGUUCCGAGUUUCAUCCUCGUCACCUGACAUAAUUCUUUUCGUGUGCGGUGGAGAAGCGUUGCAGUGCGUUGGUGUCCAUGCCCCACGCGGCGGCCAUCUUGGCAUCUCGUGUUUGUGCACCUCCACCGGCUCUGCCCGUACGGGCUGUGGUAACUAUCUAUCCUACAGUGUAUACUCUACGGGAGGCCUGUAUUUCAUCACGUGUGCAUGGCAUCGGGCCAUUUCGAUAUACAUUUUACUUUUCGUGGGGCGGUGUCUUUCGCCUCUACGUACUCCACGGUUUAUUGAGGCGGCGCGGCGGCCAUUUUCGUCUCUCUUGCCGUCCCCGUGUGUGUGUGGCCAAGUUUUUAUGGCGCAGCGAGCGUCUAUAUCACGUGAUACGAUCUAAACCGAGUGCCACGUCGAUCGAGCGACACUGACCUAGAGUGACAAUCCGCAGGCCGCAAGCAGGUUUAUGUCCACAUCCGGACACACCUAUAAUUUAAGGUCUUCAUCCCGUGUACAUCUGCCGACUUCAGACCUGCCCGGGUCGUCACGGCCAAGCACAGCCGGCACAAUGGCGUCGGUGGACGACGCAUUAGACGCGGCAGCAGCCGCCGCAGCAGCAGCGUCGGCGGCAGUCGGUCGGAUCGCCUCGGUCGAACAGAAUCAGCAGGCGAUGACGCAACAAUUGACCGCCAUUACUCAACAAUUACAGCUGCUGCUACAGGGUGGCGGUGGCGCUGGUGGCAUCGGUGGAGGUUCGGCUAGCGGUGGCGCUGGUGGCAGUGGCGGAGGUUUGCCCGGCGCUGGCGGCGGUGGUGGCGCUGGAGGAGGAGCGCAACAACGACGUAGAAUCGACCCAUCAUGCCUGGACAAGCUACACGGCGACGCGUCGCUCUCUCAACUACGUACGUGGAGGAAUCGUUGGAACGAUUUCUGCCAAUUGAAUCAGCUGUCGACGUACCCUUCCAACGAACAAAUGGCCGCCUUCCGGAUGGUCCUCGACCCAGCCAUGCAGCAGAUUGUGGAGGUGGCGCUCGGAAUUCCUUCAGCGACACCAUUAUCACCGACAGACGUCCUGGACCAAAUCAACACGUACAUCCGAUCAAAGCGAAAUAUCGCACUUGAUCGCGUCGCUUUCGAGGACUGUCGUCAGAGCACCUCAGAAACUUUCGACGAUUUCUAUAUUCGUUUGCGUGGAUUGGCAGAAGCAGCCGACUUAUGCGUCACCUGUUCCGACACUCGGCUGACGACCCGCAUCAUGGCGGGUAUACGCGACUCCGAGACCAGAAGGAAGCUGCUCGCGCUGAGCCCGUUCCCGACGCUGCAACACACCGUCAACAUAUGUCGCAGCGAGGAGGCAGCCAAGGCCAACGAGAAGUCAUUGAGCAACGCGCCGGUCAUCUCUCACAUGCAAACUCGGCACCAAGGGUCAGUACGGCAGACCGACACCAGCAGGUGCGGGUCGUGCGGACGCCUGUCACACCGGGCGGGUGAGACAUGUCCAGCAAUGGGCAAACAGUGCCAUCUGUGCGGCACAAACAACCAUUUCUCUCCAUGCUGCCCCAAUUCCAAAAAACCGAAAUCGGAGCCGGCGGACAGCGGUGGUGCUAGCAGUAGCGGUGGCGGUUCGGCUGGCGGUGGCGCUGGUAGCAGCGGCGGUCGAUACCACGACGGAAGCCGUUCACGAGCGCAUAUGAAGCGUAUAGUGGUGGGCAAUGUGCAAGCCAGCAGGCGACGACGCCCGGCGCCCACCAUUUCCAUACAGCUGGGCCAUUCGACCGGACAGGCAGCCACCACUAUUGAGAAGGUGACUCCGGACGGCGGGGCAGAGGCGACUGUUGGCGGAAUGGACGUGUUGCACGCGCUAGGAUUCUCUGAAGCAAACUUGUCGUCAUCCACUUUCGACCUCGUUAUGGCGGACAGAUCCACACCGUUGCUAGUAAUAGGGGAAAAGGAGUUUACGGCCACGUACGAAGGGACGGCAGCAAGCAUCACUAUCACGUUCAGCCCCGAUAUCUCGGGACUUUUAUUGUCGUGGUACGACUGCAUCAACCUGGGAAUUCUCCACGACGAAUACCCGAGGCCAUGGAAGAAUUCACGUCACGGCAUGCAGAUUAAUUCCCUUCAGACAGCAAACCGCCGCAAGGCACCGUACGUUUAUGACGGAAUUGUUCCUCUAGAUCCGUCACCAGACGACAUUCAACGUAUUGGGAACGAUAUUGCCAGACAGUUCAACGACGUCUUUGACCAAACAGGCUCACUCAACUGCAUGGAAGGACCGGAGAUGAUUAUCGAGCUGACGGACGACGCCACCCCUUUCUACGUCAACGGAUCCAGACCCCUUCCCUUCGCCGACCGCCCGGCUGUGAAGAAAUUGUUGGACGACUACGUUGAAAAGAAAAUCAUAUGCCCUGUGACCGAACCAUCGGACUGGGCGGCUCCACUUGUCGUAACACGCAAGUCUGACGGCUCAUUACGCAUAUGCGUCGAUCAUACGCGUCUCAACCGAUUCGUGCGACGGCCAACUCAUCCCACUCGAGCACCGCGGGACGCGGUGGCGGAAAUCACGGGGGACGCCAAAUUCUUCUCGACGUUCGAUGCGGCCAACGGAUAUUACCAGAUCCCCCUAGCACCCUCGUCGCAGCAUCUCACCGUUUUCAUGACACCAUGGGGCAGGUACAAAUAUUUGUGAGCUCCGAUGGGGUUGUGCAGUUCCAGCGAUGAAUACAACCGGCGCGCCGACCUAGCCUUCGAGAACGUCAGCAACACCGUCCGGGUAGUGGACGACCUUCUCCGCUUUGAUAAUUCCUUCCCGGAACACGUAGCGGGAGUAUGCGCGGUACUGUCAGCGGCCAGGAAAUCCAGUAUCACAUUCAGCCUGAAAAAAUUUCAAUUUGCUCGCACGCAGGUCCAGUG